AUGCCCAGCAGCAUUAGCAUUUCAUCCCUCCGCCUUUGGGUUUCCUGCGGCGGAGGUGUCCUUGCUGGUGUCAUCGCACACCAAGGCGUCUUCAUCCGAGGAGAAUGGCACGUCCAAGCGCCAGCCAUCAUUGUAUCUCACGGGCUGCUAUUCCUAUCCAUAUUGGUCGCCAAUACAUGCCUCAACAUACCUCAAGCCGAUGCUGCCCUAUGGAUGAGUUACUCCUACAUAUUCUCUCUCACCAUCAGCAUCACCCUCUACCGCGCUUUUUUCCACCCGCUUAGCAAGGCCGGUUUCAGGGGCCCGUGGUACGCGCGCAUAACCAAGUUGUGGCACGUCUGGGCAGUGCGGAAAUUGAAAAACCAUCUCGUCCUUGACCGGCUCCAUGAGAUAUAUGGUGAUUUUGUGAGGACGGGCCCGGCGGAAAUCACCGUGUUCCAUCCCGACGUGUUCCAGGCUAUGGACGGACCGCGGAAGGAAUGUAUCAAGGGAGAAUGGUACGAUCUUCUGCACCCGUCGAUAUCACUCGUCACGGAAAGGUGUAAGACUACCCAUGCCGCCCGUCGGAAGGAAUGUAAACGCGGGUUCAUUCAUAGCGCCCUUGUGCAACACGAGGCCAAGAUGCUUAAGCACGUUGGCAAUCUAGAUGCAUGUAUUGAAGCGGACGCGCGGGCGUCCCGACCCUCCAACUUGCGUAACAUAUUAUUCUGGUUCAGCUUCGAUACCAUGGGUGACUUCGUCUUCAGCAAGUCGUUCGGCAUGCUGCAGGACCAGAGCUGGCACUCUGUCAUCGUGCGGCUGCAAAAGGCCCUCUCCCUGCUGGGGCCCUUCAGCCCCACCCCCUGGCUCAUCCAGGUUGUCUUGAAGCUAAGUCCACGCAUUGGGGUCCUGAGGCACUGGUUCUUCAUGGUAGCCUGGUGCGAGGGGCAGAUGCGCACCCGGCUCGACGAAGGAUACAAGAAGCAGCCGUCUCCGGAUCUGACGCAUUACCUUAUGGAGCAAGAGAAUCAGAGUAGGGAUAAAACGAGUGUAGCUUGGUUACAGGGGGACAGUUUACUGGCUAUUGUGGCGGGAAGUGAGCCAACCGCGGCAUCCCUCCUAGGAGUUUUCUGCGAACUCGCCAAGCAUCCCCAUCACGCAGACCUUAUCUACGACGAGCUCGUCAACGCCGUGAGCGACAGCGACGAUAUCACCACGGACCUCAAAACCCUUUCCCGGCUCGGCCACCUUAACGGCGUCCUUAACGAAGCCCUCCGACUAUACCCCGCGCUCCUUACCGGUGGUGCUAGAAAAACCACCGACAAAGGUAUUAUCGUCGGGGGUACCUUCAUCCCGCCCCACACCACCAUCAUCGCUCCUCGGUUUACCAUAUCUCGAAGGGAAGACUGCUUCGAGCAACCCACUGAAUUCCUCCCACAGCGGUGGACAAUAAGCCCCAAAAUGACGCGAAACGCUGCGGCAUUCGCUCCUUGGGGCACGGGUAAGCCAGCUGUUUGUCGUUAUCCGUCAACCACUUGCUUCUGUGUAACGGCCACACUGGUGAAAAAGUAUCGGUUCCGACUUGCGCCAGGCGAAACGGGAAUGCGCGUAAUGGGUGAUAUGCGGGAUCAGUUCACCCCAAAUCCGGGAGGGUUGGAUUUGUGUUUUGAGCUGAGAUGA